GGACAGGCUGGCAGACAGACCUGUCCGACUCGCGACUCGCGAUCUCGUGGUUGCGUUUCAGCUGCUGUCCUGUGCCGCUGUCCACUAGGCACAUUCGAGCACCAGAGGUCCGCGGCGUAGCAGUAGAUUCUGUUCGGUGUAGAGAAAAAGAAAAAAACAUACAUAUAUACUAAAUACUUAUAUAUAUAUAUAUACAUAUAUAUCGUACAUACACACAUAUAGAAAGAGGGAGAGAUAGAGAGAAAAGAAAAAGAAACAGAUCGAAAGAGAGUAAGAGCGAAGCGGGCGCCGUUACGAUAAAAGAAGUUUUUCAGAGAACGUAUUCGGGAGCGUUCAAUGGUCGAAGCAGCUAUGCGCCACGCCGUCGUAGGACUCUUAGCUAGCUAGUUCUGACUACGGGAGGUCUCGGGCCGCAGUUACGACCUCGAGAACGAGCGGGUUCGCCUCGCGAAGAUGACCAUAAUAGUCUUUUUGAUCGACACGUCGGCCUCCAUGAAUCAGAGGGCAUAUUUGGGCGGGCGACCCACACUUUUGGAUGUAGCUAAGAGCGCCGUGGAGACUUUCGUGAAGGUACGCCAGUCACACAGCUUUCCCGGCCGGGAGGUAAGACAAAGAUCACCGGAAAGCCGUGGAGAUCGUUACAUGCUCCUGACCUUCGAAGAUCCGCCCCAGAAUAUCAAGGGUUUAGCGGUGGUCAGGCUCAUGGUUCAAGAACAGGCCAAGGCUGGCUGGAAGGAAAAUUUAGCAACUUUUAUGAAUGAACUUAAAAAUUUACAAUGCGUCGGACUGACAACAUUAGGUGCUGCUUUAAAACAUGCUUUAGAUGUUUUGAAUAUAAAUCGGAUGCAGACAGGCAUAGAUACGUACGGUCAAGGAAGAUGCCCUUUUUAUUUGGAACCAUCGGUAAUUGUUGUCAUUACAGAUGGAGGAAAAUAUACAACUAAUAGCGGAGUCAAUCAAGAUUUUACAUUGCCGAUGCAUUCUCCUAUACCUGGAUCUGAGCUAACAAAAGAGCCAUUUAGAUGGGAUCAAAGAUUAUUUUCUUUGGUAUUACGUUUAUCUGGAACACCAGCUGUUGAGAGAGAUACUGGUUUAGUGGCAAGUGAUUCUUCUCCUAUAGACGCUAUGUGUGAAGUUACAGGAGGUCGUUCGUAUUGUAUAACAUCUUUCAGAAUGAUGAUGCAGUGUAUAGAUUCAUUGGUACAAAAGGUACAGUCUGGUGUGGUAAUAAAUUUUGAAAAAAUUGGACCCGAUCCUCCACCUUUAACCAAUGAAGCACAACACGCAGACGACGAUGAAAACGAAGACGAAAACAGUACAGUGAAUGGAACGCGAAAUUACCCUCUUAAUCCAACAGUACCAGGAAAUACCGCAUGGCAUUCUUGUAGAAGACUGAUUUACGUUCCAAGAUCCGCACAGAAAGGUUUUGCAGUUGGAUUCUGGCCGAUUCCAGAAAGUUUUUGGCCUGACCUUAGUGCUAGUUCUUUGCCUCCUAGGUCAGCACAUCCAAACGUGAAAUUUACUUGUACCAGUCAAGAGCCUAUGGUGAUAGAAAAUCUUCCAUUUGACAAAUACGAAUUGGAACCGAGCCCUUUAACGCAAUAUAUACUGGCUAGAAAACAACCAACAAUUUGUUGGCAAGUUUUUGUAGCUAAUUCAUAUAAAUCAAGUGACGUGGGCCAUCCAUUUGGAUAUUUAAAAGCAAGUACCAACUUAACGUGUGUGAAUCUUUUUGUUAUGCCAUACAAUUAUCCAGUUCUUUUACCUUUGUUGGAAGAACUUUUCAAAGUGCACAGAUUGAAGCCAACAAACGAAUGGCGAACACAGUUUCAAAAUUACAUGAGAACCAUGCCCACUUAUUAUGCAGCGUCCCUCAGAAGAGCUUUAACUAGGAUGGGUGCUCCUGCGCCCUUAGCACAAACGUUAAUACCUGAUAAUAUGGAUAACUCUUUGUCCUAUAGCGUGUUAAAUUAUUUAAAACGACUGAAGAAUCAAGCUAAAAUUGAAUUCGACAGACUUUGUAACGAGGUUCUUUCUAAACAACUCGCUACUGCCAAUAUGUCGAAAAAUUUAGUAAAUGGUAGUACAACGACGAUAACGGAAGGUGUAAGAGUUAUACCUAGAACUCCUUUAAAGAAAGACUUGGUAUCACAUCCAUUAUUACAAGACAAAUUUACGGGAUUGAGGGAUCAACUAAAUGAGUUUGGUGGCUUUGUAGUUGGAUUAGUUAGAAAUCAACAGCGUGGCGCGCACAGUUACAGGAACGCGUUUGAUGUUCCGCGGAAAUCUCUUUUAGAUCAAGUUGUUAGAAUGCGCGCAAAUUUUCUGCAACCUGGUUUGUUACAUACGAAAUUACUCGAUGAUGAUUAUGUUCAUUCGAUGCCCCUAGCUCAAAUGGGAAAUUAUCAAGAAUAUUUGAAACGUAUGACUCCGCCUUUAAGGGAAAUUGAAAGUGCUCCUGUUAGACAACAUAUGUUUGGUAAUCCUUUCAAGAUAGAUAAAAGAAUGAUGGUUGACGAAGCGGAUAUUGAUAUGGUUGGCGCAACAUCUUCGGCAUCGAAGAGCGGUCUGAAACGUACGAUGCCCGCUUCAGAUGGAGGAGGUUCGUUAGCUUCGAAGCCACCACCAAACAAACGGAAACCGGGUCCAAUUCCUAAAGACGUGGUAGUACGAAGACCGUCGUAUACACCUACAAAUACUCCACCAAACUCACCGGUACCAUGGGUCGACGAAACGAAAAAUCAAGUGAUUCCAACUGCUGAUUCAAAUCAAGUUACACCAACUACCGUGAACUCAACGCCUAGUGUAUCGAGUACACCGUGUGUGAAUUUACCAGAGAAAUUAGUAAACGGAGUAGCAGAAAUGCCGACGAUACCAGUUUUUGAACCAAUUCCAGUAGAACAUACUAACAAUCAUAUGGACGUUCCGCCGACUUUGACACCGAUAGUCAAUAACAUCGAGGCUCCUAAGAUCGAAGGGAAAACAGAAAAGAACGAAAAUAUUAAAAACGAAUGUAACAAACUACCUCUUAACGAUUGUGUUGAAAAUAGUGUGAAGGUUGAAAAUUUAGUCGAAGAAAGGUUGUCCAAUCAUGUCGAAGAGAAAUGCGAGACUAAAGUAGAAAAAGAAAAAGCUUUAACGAAAAAAGAGUUGGAAGAUAUUAGAAAACACAAUUUGUCCGUUCGAGAACUUGUUUAUAAAGAAGUACGGAGAAGAGGUACAAAUUAUGCGACACUAUUUUCACAUUUACACCAAAUUCAAGGGACUCUAGAUAUACGACUUGCAUUUUUGCGAGAUAUCGUGAAAGAAUCAUUACGAUUUAAAAGACGUAAUUUGGCAUCGUUACUAGAAGAGUAUUUGAAAACUAUACAAGAGGAUAACUGGACUGUAAACCACAAAGUGAAUCACAAUGGUGCCACAAAAAUAAGCUAAGAUUUCAUUGCAUAAUCAGGGCAUUAUUUCGAUAAGAAAGAAUAAGAAUUCGAUAAAUAAUGCAGAAAGUAUAAAUAGGAUACAAGGUACCCUAACAAGCAAGUCGUACAUCUGUAAAACGUUAAGCGAAUUAGUGUUUAAGGAUGUAUGUUGCCAAGGCAUGUGAAGUGAUAAUAAUUGUUAAAUCUAAAUGAAAGAAAAUAGCAUUUUGGAUGUCAACCAGGGAUACAUAGCUUCAGUGUUUUGUUUUACUUGUUUUUUUUUUUUUUUUUUUUUUUU